ACGACAAAGCUAGAAAAAUUAUUUUCCACUCCAGAAAUUAAUGAUCAUGAGCUCGUAUUUGAUGGAGUCUAACUACAUUGAUCCGAAAUUUCCUCCAUGCGAGGAAUAUUCGCAAAAUAACUACAUCCCCGAGCAUAGUCCAGAAUAUUACAGCCGCGCAAGAGAGACUGGCUUCCAGCAUCACCAUCAGGAGUUAUAUCCUCCGCGGGCGAGCUACCAAGAGCGCCAGUUUAACUGUGCAAGCAUCCCUGAACCUGACACGCCAAGGGGACAUGGAGUACCCCAUUCUGCGCACCUGCUGACAGGGAAAGGGCAGCCUGCUUCAUGUGAAACCCCACAGUUGUCCAUGUCCCCCGCCACCCCACCGGCCGCCACCUCCGCCUGCAACCAAGCUACCCCGGAGCAUCCAAACAGCACAGCCUCCUCCAAGCAGCCUGUGGUGUACCCGUGGAUGAAGAAAAUUCAUGUCAGCACUGUGAACCCGGGUUACAAUGGGACGGAGCCCAAGCGGUCUAGGACAGCCUACACGCGGCAGCAGGUCUUAGAAUUGGAGAAGGAAUUCCACUAUAACCGAUAUUUAACUCGGCGGAGGCGCAUCGAGAUCGCCCACACCCUGGUUCUCUCCGAGCGACAGAUUAAAAUCUGGUUUCAAAACCGCAGAAUGAAAUGGAAAAAGGAUCAUAGGCUCCCGAACACCAAAGUGAGAUCCUCUUCCUCCACCGGGUCCAACACAAGCUCAGCAGCCGGCGCUGUUGCCGCUGCUUCGGCCACCAACACUGGGGCCCCCGACGAACUCACCGGAGCACAGCAUGGAGAGGAUAUUACCAGGUUAUAGAACCACGAACCAAGGGGUAG